AUGGCUGGGCCCUCAUACUUGACGCUCCCGCAUCGCGACCAGAUUUUGGUCCUGGUGAUUUGCCGUCUGAUUGAGCCCUUGGCUUAUACAUCCAUUUCCCCUUAUCUUUAUUAUCUUGUGGAAUGGUUUGGAUAUAAGUCUCCAGCAACCAUCACGGCUCUGGGCACCAUUGUUGUAUCCGGGUUUGCGCUGGGCCAAGCGGCCACCGGCAUGUACUGGGGGUCUCUUUCUGAUCGGAUCGGGCGCAAACCCGUAAUUAUGUUUGGCUUGAUUGGAACUGCCGUUGCAACUCUCAUAUUCGGAUUUGCAACCGACGUCUACGUGGCCACUGGAGCGAGGUUGCUGGCCGGCACGCUCAACGGUAACGUCGGCGUUAUGCGAACUAUGAUUGCCGAACUCUGCGUGGGACACAAAGAAUAUCAGUCGCGUGCUUUCACAGUCAUGCCCAUCACCUUUAACAUUGGAACAAUCCUCGGACCCGUUGUUGGCGGAAUGCUGGCUGACCCGGCAACGGCUUACCCCAACUCAUGGAUCGGCAAAGUUGCCCUUUUCAAAAAAUUCCCAUACCUUCUACCUAACAUCUUCCCUAUGCCACUGCUUGCCGUGGCCAUGGUCAUAUGCAUGCUCUUCUUAAAGGAAACCCAAACUGGACCCGACGUCUGGUGGCCUCCAGAAUACGAUCCUGGGCUUAGACUCGGCAACUGGUUGCGCGGGAAAUCUACCUCCUACUCAUCAUACACUAUGGUGUCGUCGACUGAAGAAGACGAAGACUCUCUUCUUGAGGAAGAAGAGGAAGAGAUUGCCGACGCAUAUGUUUCCAAUAACAAUACUACGGAGACAUCCACUAUGUCUAUUGUGGAACCAACAAACCAUUCUGAACCUGAGUUUGGUUUGCGUGACAUCCUCACACGACCAGUGGCAGUAACCAUUACUUGCUAUACCCUACUCAUGUUUCACUGCCCUGCCUUUCUUCAAAUGUUACCCCUCUACAUGGCCACGCCACGUGUGAUCUCUAACACUUCACUUAACGAACACUUGCCACUAGUUUUUGAUGGUGGUCUGGGGAUGCCUGAGUCACGAAUCGGCGCGGCCAUAGCUCUUAUGGGAAUGACUGGUAUUAUAUUACAGUUUGCUGCCUACCCGCGUAUUGCAGCUGCCAUUGGUAACGCCCGUGCACACCGUGUCUCGCUCUACAUUUUCCCCAUUGCCUAUGUUCUUGCCCCCUUUACUACACUUCUUACUCGCAAGGGCUAUUCUGGUUCUACUCAGGACUCGCGUUGGACUACAGUUGCAGCUAUUGUGCCGAUUGCCAUGGCCGCCAUUUUAGGCCGUACUCUUGCCAUUCCACCUAUGCCUGUGCUACUGACCAAUGCUGCCACAGAGUCGCAUCGCGAGCGAGCAAUGGGCAAAAUCCAUGGACUUGCAGCCAGCGUCACAUCGGUGGCCAAGUGCAUGGGACCUUUUGUACUAGGCAACUUGUACUCGUGGGGUGUUCACAUUGGUAUAGUUGGAUUAGCCUGGUGGAUCAUGGCUGGUGUUGUUAUUGCAGAGAUUUUUGUGGCUAGCGGCCUACGUGAAUGGGGUGAAGAAGAGGAGGAAGAUGAUCACGAAUCAUGA